UGUAAGGAGCAAAAAUAAAGCUGCGCCCGGCGACGAGCGCUUGUAAACAAAUUAGAACCGUAUCCUGACCGGAAGUCGAGGCGCAACAAAAAAAGGAAAAUAAAAAUACUGAAACAAAACAGACACAGGACCCAAAAAAUGGACAGUCAGAUUUCUCUCAGUGCCUUCCGGCUGCUUUCCAUAUGGGGCAUGUCACCGAUCCAACCAUAAGGCGGCGGACUUCUUGUUGUUGCUCCUCCUCCUCCUCCUCCUCCUCUGCCUACCGCAGAUGCUUGCGUCCAGAAACCAAAAGACUGAAUGGAACGAGGGGCAUUCAUAUACUUGUAGAAAGUUUCUGAAGCGAGGAGGUGGGGAGAAAUCAACGUCACAAAUGGACAACACACGUGGGGCAUCCCAAGAUGACGGGGAUGAAAUCCCCCUGGCAACCUUUUGGAGGCUGUUAAAAAGCCAAAGUCGAAAUAGCUGCGAGAAAGUAAAGCCGCUCGUAAAACUCAAACGAGGCGCGAAGCAGCACCAGGAGCAGAAGGAGCUGAAGGAGCAAAAGGAGCUCAAGGAGCAGACCGAGGCCAGAAGGGAGCGCAAAAACAUAGCGCCAAAUAACCGCAGCCAUAACGAUGAUGCUCCCCUCCCUCCUUGGCAUCCUUGGAUUCCUCCAAGGACCUCCGAACAACAGGACCAUGCGGCGACGUUUGCCGCCAUUUUGUAGAAGAAAAGUGCAUAUAAUAAAAUAAAAUAGCAACACGAACAACACACAUACACAUUCACAUACAGGACCACGAAUGGAGAGGUGGGUCACAAAAAAUGGCACGGCAUUAAAACUGAACACAAAAGUUAAGUUUCAUAAACGAAUAUGGAAACACUCUACUUUAAAUUUCAAUUUAACUAAGUCUUAUUAAUAUAUCAAUAAAG